GAAUUACCCUGUUAGCCUCUGCGAUAUCCUAAUUUCCAAGUUGUAAGUUUCAACGGAUAAUGCACAAUCAAAUAGUGAAGGAAGUUGCAAGGUUGAGCGUUUAAUCAGAGUGUGAGUGCCCUCCCCUCAAUCUCAAAUUCUCAAUGGCCGCGCUUAGCUUUGGCAUCGCCAUGACAAGUCUGAACGCCGCUGUUGGUUGUCGUACAAGAAGCAACCGAAGCACCCGCAGCUGCAGGAGAUCCACGAUUUCGUGCGUUGGAUGGGACCCCGAAGGCGUGCUUGGCCCACCCCAAACCGGCCACCUGGCUCGGCUCGAGUUUCGAAGGCGGCUCGAGAGAGAUGCAGAGGCCCGCGAAGCCUUCGAGCGUCAAGUCCGUGAAGAGAAGGAGCGCCGUGAAGCCCUUCGACAAUCUCGUGAUGUUCCCGAUACUCCGCAAGAGCUCAUUGAAUACUUCCUUGACACUGAAGCUCAGGAUAUUGAAUUUGAGAUUGCCAGAAUGAGACCGCAAUUGAAUGAGGAAUUCUAUUCGCAUCUGAAGUUCGAGUUAGGAGAGCUUCGAUUUGCUGUUGCAAAAACACAGCACAUGGAGGACCGAUUGAUUGAGCUGGAGGCUCUAGAGAAAGCCAUACAGGAAGGAACAGAAGCCUAUGAUAAGAUGCAAGCUCAACUCAUAACAGCCAAGGCAAGCCUAAACAAAAUCUUGACAUCAAAGGACGUGAAAGCAACUUUACUAGAGAUGGUUGAACGCAAUGAAAUUAAUAGAACUUUGUUGGCCCUUCUCGACGAAAACAUAGCAAGUGCACAUAGGGGCAACCAGAAACAGGCUGCGGAAUACAUGGAGAAGCUUCGUGGGGCUGUUGUCAAGUACAUUACAGUUUAAUGCAUAUAGUACGUUUUUUCCUACUUUAUUAUUUUCAUUUUUGCGAAAUUGUGCUGUCGAUAAUAGUAACAAAUAAACUAUGUUAAAGCACUGGGAUGUUGUGGUAGCAGAUUUCUCCACUUUGAUAUAAUAACAUUUGAAUUGUAAAUUUUGAAAUAUGACUUGUGCGUCCUUAGUUGGAAAGUUCAUGAAAAUUGAUUUCAAAAUC